AUGUACGCCAACGCAAUCGUCGCCUUCGGCCUGGCCACCCUCGCCAGUGCCCACAUGAAGAUGAGCAAGCCCGUUCCUUACGACAACGCCAACCUCGACAACAGCCCUCUUAUUGAGGACGGCAGCAACUUCCCCUGCAAGUCGAGCAGCUACAAUGCCGCGGGAGCAUCCAACGUUUACGCCCAGGGUGCCACUGGCGAGUUGGCUUUCAUUGGCUCUGCUGUCCACGGUGGCGGCUCUUGCCAGGUCUCCAUCACUUGGGAUGCUAAGCCUGACAAGAACAGUGUCUGGAAGGUUAUCAAGUCUAUUGAGGGAGGCUGCCCGGCCAAGAACACUGCCGGCAACCUCGGUGACAAUGCCAACCAGCAGGGCAAGGACACGUACGACUUCACAAUUCCCAAGGACAUGCCCGCUGGCAACGGUACUAUCGCCUGGACCUGGUUCAACAAGGUUGGAAACCGUGAGAUGUACAUGAACUGCGGACCCGUCACCAUCACUGGCUCCGGCGGCUCUCAGGAGGCCUACAACGCUCUUCCCGACAUGAUGGUUGCCAACUUGAAGGGCAUCAACGACUGCACUGUGUCCGAGAACAUCGACGUUACCUUCCCCAAUGCUGGCGACUCUGUCGACGUCUUCGGCACUAACUUGGGUCCCCCUAACGGCACUUCCUGCGGCACCUCUUCCGGUGGUGGUUCCGGUGGUGGUUCUUCCGGUACCCCCAAGCCUAGCACCACUGCUGGCAAUGGAGGCGCCGCUCCCACCGCCGCUCCCACUUCCGCCCUGGCUUCGUCUAAGCCGUCUGCUUCCAAGCCUACCGGUAACGCCUCCCUCCCCGGCGGUGUCUUCAUCACCGUCCCCGCCAAUGGUGGAGCUUCUGCCACUCCCACCGCCUCCGCCUCCGCUACCAAAGCACCUGCAGUCACUCCUAGUGCCGCCCCUUCUGCCGCUCCCUCUGCCGCUCCUUCGUCUGGUACUGGCAGCGGCAGCGGCAGCGGCAGUGGCAACGGCACUACCGCCGGUGCCCAGACUGUCGGCGCCGCCUGCACCGAUGAGGGCGCCUGGAACUGUGUUGGAGGUAGCUCCUUCCAGCGUUGCGCCAGCGGCACCUGGUCUUCUGUCCAGGCUCUUGCCGGCGGUACUUCUUGCACCGCUGGCAUCAGCUCCGAGCUGAGCAUGGUUGUGACCCGAAACGGCCGCAAGCGUGCUCUCCGCCAGCGCUCCCUUCGCUUCCGUUCCGCCUAA